GGCUCAUAAUUAACAGAAAGACAAUGAGGAUGGGAAAACUUAGGAAGAUGAACUAGCAAUCGAAAAAAAAUAUUCGAUAAUGAGCCGACAGACGCGGAUCGUUUAUGCACAAGGGAGCAAUAACAAGCCAUUUCGAAUCGGAAAUAAAGUGUUGGGGACGUUGAAAAGAUAGCAGCACAAGGCGUGGACAGAGGCAGGGCGUCGCUGGCAUCAGUGUAUGAAGAUGGGUUCAAACACCUCCAGGACGCCCAGGUGACAGCUUCUUCCUGGGAAGGAUUAACGUCUUGAAAGAAAAAGAGGAACACGCCAUACCACAUAGUCCAAUAGGAACUACCUCUUCUCAAAAAAAAGUUAUCCUUACUUGACUGCAAAUACCUGUUUGGGGAUACUUCCAAUCGUUGGGAUUUUUCAUUCUCUCUUAUCUCUCAGGUGAAAUGUUCAAAAGUUGACUGAAAACUAGCUCCAGCAAGAAUCCUGUCUUGAGGGGCGAACAAAACAAAACAAAAAAAAUACAAAAAGCAAAUCUCGUGGAGUUUUGUUUUUGUCAAAGGGUAUUUUGGUUGAAGAUUCUCAGUGUGAAAGGAAGCCUGGUGUUUGCUACAUGAGACCAAAAGGAAAGUGCCUGUCAUUUGGAAACGACACCGCACCGGGAAACGCAGACUGAGAUAUGGUCCGGAAAAAGAAUCCACCACUGAGAAAUCUUGUGAGCCAAGGCGAAAGUGAGAAUUGCCAGGUCUCUCAGCCAGAAAGUACCGUGAACCAGGAGGCUGCAGAAAGCUCCGGACUCCGGGAUCCCAUGCAGGAACACAACGACCAGCAAGAUGCAUUCGAGUUAGUCAACAAGGAGGAACAUUGUCUGCGUGUCGCGGACGUCGCCAGCAUCAAAAGCGACUUGAAAAGCCCCGCACUGGGCGAAGGGAAUGGCUUUAAUUAUGAAAGCCACAAGAAGGGAGGAAAUGUUCCAUCCUUCCCGCAAGAUGAGGUGACAGACAGAAAUAUGUCUGCUCUCUCAUCUCAGGCUGCUGGUAGAGUCUGCGAGGCCUGGAAGUCUCCUUGCAGAUCAGAACCAGAUGAUGGCGAUGGCAGGAGCCGCAAUGUGUCUGGAAACCUCUCGGAAUUAAACCACAGAGCUCAAACAUCACCCAAAAGUGGGCGGGAGAAGGGGCAGCUGCUAGAGGGUGAGCCACCUGAACGUCCCAACUCCAGGCCGGGCUCGGUGCCUUCAGAAAACUCUCAGGUGCUUUCAGAUGCGGGGUUUGCACUUGAUCAGGCAAAAGCAGAGGAACUAUGUGACAACUCAGACGCAGCGCCCCUGACUCCCGAGCUGCAAGACUUCAAAUGCAACAUUUGCGGCUACGGCUAUUACGGCAACGACCCAACCGAUCUGAUCAAGCAUUUCCGGAAAUAUCACCUGGGUUUGCACAACCGCACCCGCCAAGAUGCGGACCUGGACACCAAAAUCCUCGCGUUACACAACAUGGUGCAGUUCUCCCAGUCCAAAGACUUGCAGAAACUGAGCCGAAAUGCGGGCUUGCUCACUGGGAUGUUACAGGACCUGAGUGCUCAGCGACCUGCCAUGUUAAACGGGACCUAUGAUGUACAUGUUACUUUGGGAGGAAUGUUCAUUGGCAUCGGACGCAAAACGCCCGACUGCCAGGGCAACACCAAGUAUUUCCGGUGCAAAUUCUGCAAUUUCACUUACAUGGGCAGUUCCUCGUCGGAACUGGAGCAGCACUUCGUGUCAGCGCAUCCCAACAAAAUGAAAAGUGUGCCUUCCGCUCCUGAGGCCGGGAAGGAUGCGACCAAACCGGAGAAAAACACCAGCAAAGGCGGUUCAGCAACAGAGCGCCACUUACCUCGUCCCAUGGACCCAGAGGACGUGGGCAAAUGGCAGGAGAAGGCCGUUAUCAAAGCCACGGAUGAUACCCCCAUUGGCUACUCUGUGCCCAUCAAGUCGGUGGAUACCAGCUCCAAGCAGAAUGGCAUGGACUCUACCUGUUACUUCUGGUGUCGUUUUUGCAGCUUCAGCUGUGAGUCGUCAGACACCUUAAAGCUCACGGAUCAUUACAAUAAACUGCACGGGGAGAAUAAUCAGCGCACUGGCUACUUUAACCGAGACUUUCCGGACAAAGCUGGCAGACAGGGAGCCCCGCUUGCCCAGAAUGACUCCCCGAAAGAGCGCGCCCCUCUCGGCAAAUCCGACGGGGAGCUCCCGGCGAAGGCGGAGAAAGGCGCAGCCUCAGCCCGGAAGAAAGACAAGGCAACGGAGGAGAGUGUGGUCACCAGCUACAACUGCCAGCUAUGCAAAUUCAGGUACUCCACCAGCCAUGGGCCUGACGUGAUCGCUGUGGGACCCCUGCUCCGCCACUACCAUUACAUUCACAACGUCCACAAAUGCACCAUUAAACACUGUCAGUACUGCCCCGGGGGGCUGUGCGGGCCCGAGAAGCACCUGGGGGACAUUACCUACCCAUUCGCUUGCAGGAAGAGUAAUUGCUCCCACUGCACCCUGUUGCUCUUGCAUCCGUCCCAGGGGGUGGAAGGGAGUGCCAGGGUGAAGCACCAGUGCGACCAGUGCUCGUUCACAGUUCAGGACGUAGACACACUGCUGCAGCAUUACGAGGCAGUGCACAGCAGCAAAAGCCAGAGCCCAGCGCAGGCUGAGAAUAGCCAGCAGGGAAGUGAUGGCCCAGUGACCAGCGAAGACACUGAAGAGCACUGCUGCACCAAGUGCGACUUUGUGACUCAAGUAGAGGAGGAGAUUUUUCGACACUACAGGAGGGCUCAUAACUGCUACAAAUGCCGUCAGUGUAAGUGGAGCGCCCCAGGGACUCAGGCGUUGCUGGAGCAUUUCAACACGGCGCACUGUGUGCUCCAGGAGGCAGCGAGCAGCAGUAACAGCACCAGCGGUGGAGAGUCGCCACCACCUCCUCCCGGUGCCAUCGACCAGGAGAUGCGGCACCAGCGCCCCCCAACCCCGUGUGAUAGCAGCAGCACCAGCCAGCCUCCGCCAGCCCCGACCCCGACCCCAACCGAGGAGGAGGGCCGAGGCUGGGCCGACCCCCCCAAGGAAGACGCCAAGAAGCCAGGCUGGGCGGUCAAGGAGAGCGCCGGGGAGCCUCACAAAGGGAGCCCGUACCCGGCUACACAAGCCGCCACCAGGCUACACGCCGCCUCCCCCGGCGGCCUGGUCCAGGAGAGCCACAAGAACAGCCGCAGGGCUCCGGAAGAAGCGGACUCCGGGCGGCCCGUCUAUGGGAUGCAGACCGCUGACUCCAAAGGCUUUCCAGCUGGAGUGCAACAGAUUUCUACAGGAGCAGGGGGAGGAGGAGAAAGGGACAAGUCCCGGGCUCUCACUCCGCAGUAUCCAACAUCCACUGAACUGAACAAGGCGAGGGAGGAAUCACAGACUCUACUGCGGAGACGAAGAGGCUCUGGAGUUUUCUGUGCCAACUGCCUGACCACAAAGACCUCUCUCUGGCGAAAGAAUGCAAACGGUGGAUAUGUAUGCAACGCAUGUGGCCUGUACCAGAAGCUGCAUUCGACUCCGAGGCCUUUAAAUAUUAUCAAGCAGAGUAAUGGGGAGCAGAUAAUUCGAAGACGGACAAGGAAACGUCUUAACCCUGAAGUACUGCAGCCAGAACAGGUCAACAAACAGCAGAGAGUAAGCAGCGAGGAGCAGCUGAAUGACACCUCACUGGAAAGGAAACCAGAGGAGCACUCAUCUGAGAGUCAGCACCGGGAGCAGCAGCAGCAGCAGGCCAACCUGGGCAAACUUGAUCUGUACGGUUCAGUCAACAAGUCACAUCAGGGCCAGCCAACACUGGUGGUUGGCCAGACUGUAGACCUUCAUCGAAGAAUGCAGCCCCUGCACGUUCAAGUCAAGAGCCCUCAGGAAAGCAGUGCAGACCCAGGAAAUUGUUUGCCUGCAUCAGAUGGGAAAGGAAGUUCAGAACGAGGAAGUCCCAUUGAAAAAUACCUUAGACCUACAAAGCACCCAAAUUACUCACCUCCAGGAAGCCCAAUUGAAAAGUACCAGUAUCCUUUGUUUGGAUUUCAGUUUGUGCAUAGUGAUUUACAAAAUGAAGCUGAUUGGUUGAGGUUCUGGAGUAAAUAUAAAUUGUCUGUCGCUGGGAAUCCACACUAUCAUGUGUCUGGCCUACCAAAUCCUUGCCAAAACUUUGUGCCUUAUCCUGCCUUUAACCUGCCUCCGACUUUCUCAUCCCUUGGGUCUGAUAAUGAUAUUCCUUUGGAUCUGGCGACGAAACAUUCCAGAUCAGGACCAGCUGCAAAUGGUGCCACAAAGGACAAAGUUAACGCAUCGGUCACCGUGACGGAGGAGAACUUGGAAAAUGUGGUAAAAACUCCGGACAAAGUUGACCGAGGCACACAAGAUGAAUCACUGACAAAGUGUGUUCAUUGCAGCAUUCUGUUUAUGGAUGAAGUAAUGUAUGCAUUGCAUAUGAGUUGUCAUGGUGAAAGUGGACCUUUCCAGUGUAGCAUAUGCCAGCAUUUCUGUACAGACAAGUAUGACUUUAUGACACACAUUCAGAGGGGCCUGCAUAGAAAUGUGCAAUCUGAUAAAAAUUGCAAACCUAAAGAAUAGAACUUUUAGUACUGUAACACAAUGAGUACAUGUUGCAUUUUAGAAUUUGGGAGAACAAUCAGAAUAUUAUUUUUCUAAAAAAGAGUAAAUGUAAAACAUUUGAAAAUGAUGGUGCCUGACACAUUGUAUAAUUUUUUCUAUAAAGUAUGCAACAAAAAUAUUGCAUUAUGCUUUAGAGUCAGAAUGCUGAUUCUUUUCUAGCUGUUUACAUGUGCAAAUGUAGCAAAAGAAGUAAUGAAGCACCUAUUUUUAUUUCAUUAGUUGAUUUUCUUUCACCUAGUAGCCCUGAAUACCAACAUGAAAUAAAUAAGGUUGUUGCUAAUGCAAAGUAUGGAUGAAAAGUAGCUGAACAUAUUUUCAUGCUUAAAUAGGGGGAAAAGAGGGUAGCACUAUGCAUUCCACUUAAUGAAUAUUAAUGUACCUUGUGUUAUCUAUCAAAGCUCUUAAUUCAUAUUGUUAAGCUUGAAAAGACUAUAUGCACAUUUGUUAAUUGCUUUUCAAUAUUAUGUUUCAAGUGAAACAGUUUGAAAGUUGAUGGUUCUUAUCAAGUGAUGUUGGAAUCGCUGUUUACUGUUGACUUAGUUUAUUGCAUUUUCCAGUAGCAUCCUACAUCAGUCUUAUAAUGAAAAACAUUCUUGUUUCAGUGCAGAGGCAGUGUUUCCAGCAGCUGAAAAAAAAAUUCAAUACUUCAAAGAAUCUGAAAAUGAAUCAUAAUUUUUACAGUUUCUUUCUAGUUUCCAAACCUCUCAAUAUUAUUUGAUUUUUUAAAAAUCUAGACCCUGAGGAAAACAAAGGAACCACUGCCUCAGUCUUUUAAACAACUGGGACAUGUCCCUGACUUUCAUCAUGCAUGUGAUUUUGUGAUGUUUGUUUCUUUGUUUUAUCACACCUACACAUUCUUUCUGUAUCUUCCAUAAAAACUAUUUCAGACAGAAAUGAGGUCAUUUACAUCUAAACUUGAAUAAUAAAGUUUUACCAAAAGUAUUAAGUGAAGUUUCCUGAUACAGUGAAGAAGCUAUUCCUGCCCUUCUCCCCCCCCCCCCCGCCAAACUCUUUUAUUAUGUUUACAUUUUGAUCACCUCAAAAUUGUUUUGAGUUCUGUCUGUAAACAGUCAAUGGAUUUGUGUAGAAAGCUUAAGUUUGGUCACAUUUACUUCAAAGAUACAAAGAUACAAACUAGUUUCAGUGGAUGGUUUAACCAGUUAAUUGUCUUCAACUGAAAUGUGUGUAAAAGAUAAACUUUUGAUGUUCAGACCUUCAGCUGCAAUAAACUCCCAGUUUCAAGGCGCUGUAGCAGUCAAUACCCGAUUAAUUUUACAAGCACUUUCAUAUUCUCUGCAGGACUGCAGUAGGUGUUGAAGCAAGUUAGAACUUCACUGCUGCCUGGUGGCCUGCAUUUAUUAUUAUUCACUGCUUUAAAUUCUGGUUUAAACUAGUUAUUUUUGUAAACCACUUGUAAGUAUGAUUCAACACUUUAUGAUAUGUGACAACCAAAGGUUUUGCGGAAGGAACAGAUCAGCAGCUUUUGAAAAGUCUCAUUACUGCAGUCAUGAUUGAGCUGACACAGAGCAGAAUCCAUAGCAGCCAUAUUAGCACUGCAUGAAGAAAGAUGCUGUUGGCAGAUAGUGACAAUAAGCAGAUUUACCAGGGAUAGGCAAGUUUACUGUCACUGGAUAACCAGACACUCACAAAAACUGCUGUACACAGAUUCUGAUAGUCUAGGUUGUUGUGAUCCCAGUUAUGAGAAGGUUGGACUAGUCAGAUAUUUGUAAUAAGCUGAUCGAUGGACCCUAAUAAUUUGAAGAAUAUAAUAUGUAAAGCACCUAGGAUAAGAAAAUAAGUGACAGGAUUCCAGUAACACCUAAAGAAUCUUUAUGAUGCAAACCUUUUAAUAAAAUACAAAACAAACUACAUAGGUAAAUUGAACAAAUAGAAUAAUGGUUCUAAAUAAUAUAAGCUUCCAUCUUGCGAUCAAUUCAAAAGAUGUGAUCCAGUUUAAUUGUUGUAUUCUGGAUUUCAAUCUGAUAAGUUUAUAUUUAAUAUACACUUUUGGCAAAGCAUCUUUUUUCUAUCUGGGGACAGGCUGCACAGGUCACAGCUCAGGUGUAUGGCAUGUCUCUAUAAAAUUGACCUCCUGGUACAAGUAUAGAUGUCACUGACAGGUACACACUGUGGCCCAGCUGACACUGUCUUGGAACCAGUCCUUAAGCUGGCUGCUUCCCAAUUCUGUAUUUUCAGUCCUUGAACAGACAGAACUGAGUUCUUUGCUUAAGCACAGAAGCUUCCACGUCAGAUUUCUUUUCACUUAGUUAUGUCUUUAAACACCUGAAGCCACUAUAUUUUUAUAUCUAGAGCCUAGCUUCACCCUUAACAAUCGUCUCCAUUUCAACCUCAGGGCUUUCUACCUUCAGUGACAUUCAGCUGUGUCAAAAGUUCAGGUAUUGUUAAUAAGUGCACAGGUCUAAUAAACAAGCUGAAAGUUAACAAUUUCUAAUUCACCUUAAACGGAAAUGGUGGCUCAUUGGUUAGCACUGCUGCCUCACAGUGCCAGGGACCCAGGUUCGUUGUUUGUGUGGAGUUUGCACAGUCUCCCUGUCUCUGAGUGGAUUUCCUCCGGUGGCUCCGGUUUCCUCCUACAGUCCAAAGAUGUGCAGACUAGGUGGAUUGGCCAUGUUAAAUUACCCAUUGUGUUCAGGGAUGUGUAAAUUAGGGGGAUGCGUCUGGGUGGAAUGCUCUGAGGAUCGGUGUGAACUUAUUGGGCCGAAGGCCCUAUUUCCACGCUGUAGGGAUUCUGUGAUAAACCUCAACAGUUUUAACACUUCAUAAAAGCCAUAGCAGGAAUUAUAACAACCAUCUUUGCAACUGUUUGGUUUGCAAAAUAUUCUUAACUUCUUUAUCUUAUUUUCUCUUGUAACAGUCUAGCCACCUGGUCCCCGGAAACAUUUAAGUGUAUUCUUUUCAGCGGUGAACACUAAAGGGACUAUGUUGGUUACGUGGGAUUUGGAACUCUAUUGAUUCUUCAGGUCCAUCGUACAAGAAGUAAUUUUUACAAAUAUAUUCAGACACAAAGAAUCUUGCAGUGGUUGCUGACCUAAAUUGAAAUAUUUAGACAUCAUAUACAUUGAAGUUUGGAGGCUAAUCCCAGCAUCCAUUCCAUAGGUCAUAAUAUGACUAUUCGGCGAAGUUUGGGGAAAUUAAUAGAUGAAAAUAUUGCUUUUUAAUAAAUAAAUGUUGAUAUUUGUUGAAACUUAGCAUGCUAUGCUGCUAAAAUCAUUCUAUUAAAUGUUUAUUUAUUUCUACAUUCCCUGCUCUGGUAAAUUAUGCUGCCUGGUUUAGGAAGGUGGCACAGUAACUUCAGAAGAUAGGUGCAUAUUGACUGUUUAGCCCUUACUCUGGUCAAUAUGGAGAUCUCAUAAUCGGCUUUCUGCCCAAUCUCAAGUCAUGGGAAAUCUGUUAAAAGCUGGCAUUCAGGAUUAUACUGUAGGGAGGUGUUAGUUGGAAUUAACAUAGGUUUACUAACAAUUAUUUUUACAAGCAGUGCUUUAGGCAUUAAAAUUUCCAAUUAACUAAAAGUGUGUGACAAUCCCUCUGUCUCAAGAUUGAGGUUAAUCUUAAAACGCUACAGUGUCAGUGCAGGCAAUAAACCUGUUAAAACCCAUGCAUCCAUUGUUCUAAAUUUGUUGGUGCUCCUCAAUGCAAAAAGUACUGGUGUCGAACCAUUCAAAUACUGGAACGUUAUUACUUUCAUAUUUUUAUUCUUUCGUAGCACAAUAUUGCACAAAUUAUUGCUAUUUUUAGAGGAAAGAUUAAAGAAAAACUAAAGAACUGAGAGCCAUUUAUAGCUUCAGAGAUAAUGGGAACUGCAGAUG